AUCUGGGAUGGUUUUGCCUUAAGCCCAACAGCAGAAACAGUAUGGUCCAAUCUGGAGCGAGUCUAGCAGGAGAGCAGCAAUGAUUGGCUCGACGAAUGAUGCCCAAUGCUGUGGCCUGUGGUGUCGCUGUCGCUGCUCAUGAUCAUCGUCAUCGGCAAGAGCCCGCUCUGGGUCCGACGAUGGACCAGCGAGCUCGUCAUGGUCCCGAACCCCAACUGUCCUGCCCGCGCCCUGGGCUUCCUGUCGGUCGGGAAUACGACCUGUCAGGAUCCCAGCAAGUGCGCCCAGAUCUCUGCUGAAAUGACGACUGACCUGCGCCCGCCACAGCCGUCGUCCGUCCGGUCCGGCUGUUGGAUUGGAUGACGCACACGAACGCGCGAAGCCGGAGGAGUUGAAGCGCGGCAGAGACGCCAGGUCCCGGACGGACGGCAGCCAUGGCCGAGAGGCUUGCACGGGCGCCCGGGCCUGGUGCCGCUCGACAGCGGCACGGGCGAGUGAUGACGCGUCGCGCCGUGCGCCCGUACAUACCGACACCGGGGUGGGUGUCCCUGCAGCACGGCGAUACGGGUGGCUGUGCCUGCUGCCGCUCCGUUCCACCGCAACAGGAGAUGAGCAGAAGAUCUGGGAUCCAAUCACAGAAACUCUACGGAGACAGCUUGCGUCUGCUGUGAGACGACAGUACUUUAGGCUGCGAUGGGAGCAUGAGCCGGGGAUCAGGCGUCCCUGCCUGCCCGGGCACGAGACCGAGCGAACACGUCGUCGGGGUCGGGGAGGAGGCGGAGGCGGAGGCCGGGGCCCGGAGGCACACCCCACCACGCGUACGGCCACAGCCUGGCGCGAGGCGUGGGAGGGAGUCUGUUGGCGCGGCGCCUUCCUGGGCGGACCGCGGACCCACCGCGUGCCCGUGGCGCCCAAUCACCGGCAGCUCGUCUUCUUGCUGCCAAGACAAACCCAGCGUCCCAACAGCAGCUGAUGAUGCUUCGCUGCUCCUCCGGCCGGCAUGCAGAUCCAAUCCGGAUGCCAGUUUUGGCACUUCUCCGGGGCGCGAGGGCCGGCCUCGCCUUCGUUCCGUAGCGCCUAGCGCGUCACGCACUACCUUGUUGGCGUCCUCGCUCCAUCGCAUAAGCUGAUGAGCACUGACACAGUUGAUCGGCCUCG